AUGGCUAUUGUGGCUGGUGCUGGGGCAACUGCUGCUGUGCCAACAAUGAAUGUUGCUGCACCUGAGGUGGUGGAUGUGGGGGCUGAUGCACCUGUGGUAGUGCCUGCCCAGGGGGUGUUGGUGGUGCUAGGCCCCCUGUACAACCACUUGAGGAAGUGGAGGCAGAAGUGGGCUAGGGUUGUGAAGUUGAAGGACCUUAGUGGUGCACUAUUUGAUCAUGAUGUCAAUGCCAUAAUGCUUGAACCUGAGCACUACAUAGGCCACUGCAAGGACCAUCCUAAGGAUGCUAAAUUCCUGAACACCCCAAUCAGGCUCUACACUGAGAUGAAGACCAUAUUUGGUUCUUCCAUGGCCACUGCCUCUACACUUAGAGAGACUGGGCCUGCACAUGUGGAUCCUGACCACUAUCUUGCAGUGAUGGAGAUGCCUGGCUUCACCACUGAAGUUCUCAUUGUUGCCUACACCUACCUGCUGAAAAACAAGGCCCUUGGCAGGGGCUUUGUGAACAUGGCAAUCAGUCAUUGGGAUAUUUGGCUGAUGAACUACCUUGCCAAGAACUACUAUAUGUAG